AUGGCUACAGGUGGACACAUUGAUACUGAUAUUCUUUCGGAUGACGUAUUUGAUGUAUUAUGUUCAAUGUGUAGAAAUGGAGGCUCUAACACUGAAGGUGAAAAAUACUGUGUCGAUUGUCAUGAUUAUUUCUGUGUUAGUUGUGUCAAAGUUCACAGUAAAGUGCCUUUAUGUGUUGGUCAUAAGGUAUUGGAUAAAUCUCAAGUUAAAUCAGGAACCAGAGGUCUGUCGAGGGCACCAGCAGAGAGAUGUGACAGACACAGUCAUAAACACAUUGAUAUGUACUGUCAGAACCAUGAUACUGUUGGCUGUUCUACAUGUGUGGCAGUUGAUCACAGAUUAUGUAAGGAUACAUUCUACAUACCAGAAUUUAUCCGAAACAAUACUUACCAAGUUGAAUCGAGAGACAUUCAAACAAAACUCAAGAAAAUGGCAAAGACUCUUGAAAAACAAGCUGAUAGAUUUAAACGAGAUAAACAAAGUCUGUUAAAGAGGAAAGCAGAGUUUCUGGCUGAUAUCAGAAAAUUUCGACAAGAAAUCAAUGGUCAACUUGACAAGCUGGAGAAAAGUUCUAUUGAUGAGAUAGACAGUAGAGUCAAAUGUCUUGAAGACAAAAUCGAAGAAAGUUUAAAACAGCUACAAGUAAACAAGUCCAGGAUUAGAUCAGCUAAUGAUAAAUUAACGUCUACAAACACAAAUCAUUCUGAAGUGUUUGUUUAUGUGAAGAUGGGAGAAGAUGCUGCAAAUGUUGCCAACAAAUAUAUGGAGCAUACCAAAAUAGAAAGUACAGUAGAAGACGUAGAGUUUCAGCCUGACAGAACAAUUCUUACACAGUUAGAACAAAAGAAGACCCUUGGAACACUAUCAAAGAAACCUACAAAGACUGCUGACAAUUUAUUUCAGGUUAAAGGAAAUCAAUCAUAUAAUGUUGCAGAUAAGUCAGAUGAAAAAGAUUGUUUCAUCAGCAGUGCCUGCUGUAUGGAUGAUGGUACAUUUAUUCUAGCUGAUAACAACAACAUGAAACUUAAACGUUUACACAGUUACAACUAUACUGUCACAGACUUCUGUGAUCUUCCUGGAUAUUCACAUCAAGUAUGUAUGAUCAAUAACACACAAGUAGCAGUAACUGUUCCAUCACAAAAUGAAGUUCAUUUCAUUUCUCUAGAAAGAAAAAUGAAAACAACAAACAAGAUUAACACUGAUUUUGAAUGUGUCCAUCUUGCAUAUGCAAAAAAUAAUUUAUAUAUUUCAGAUAGAGACUCAUCAGUAUAUAUGUAUACAUUGUCAGGUAGGAAACUUAAUCAGUUCGGUAAGGAUCAGUCAGGACAUAAGUUGUUCUCUAAUAUAUGCAGUUUAGUUGUCAGUAAAGAUGCUACUAGGAUUUAUGUUUUUGACAGCAAUAAUGGACUGAAAGUACUGGACAACAAUGGUCAGGUUAUUACAUCAUUUGAUGAUGGGCAUUUUACGGAUGCUGGAAAUUGUUAUCUCACUGAAGCAGGUAGCGUGCUGGUAUCUAGAUAUGUCUCCAAUAAUGUUUUACAGAUUACAUGUGAUGGUGAGCUUAUAGGAGAGGUUGUAAAAGCUGAUAGUGGAAAAGCGGGAAUUGUGUCAGUCUGUUGUAAUCAACAAAUGACAAAGAUGUGUAUAAGUAGAUUUUUAGAUAACCACAUUAAAGUGUAUGACAUCUAAUCAGUAAAACAAAUGAUUUACAAAAGAAAAAUAAACAUUUUUUUUAAUAUAUGCCUUACCCUCAAAAUGUAUGCAAGUUAUUUAUUAUAGGUUAUAAUUUCUUUCAAAGUUCCCAUUUUUGAAUGCACCUUGUUUGAUUGGUUUUUUUUUUUUUGGGGGGGGGGUGGUAUAUUACAAGAAAAACUACUAAAUUGUUUAAACAAUCUAAAAAAGUAAUAUCAUGCAAGUAUUUGGCGAGUAUAAUAUUGUUUCAUUGAACAAGUUUAAUUUUAUUCAAUACAUACCCAACAUAAGAAGGGUUAUAAUACAGUAAAAAAGUCAAUCUUUUCAUUGAUGCACAUAUAGUUUGAUGCUAAUAUUUAGCCUUUUUUGAUGAAUAACACAAUAUGUCAUGUUACAUUGUGGUUACACUUGUGUAAUAUUCAUUUUCAUUUAAUGGCUUUUUUAUGCUUCUGUACACGAAUAAAAUAAAAUUAUAUUGAUUAAUUCUCUUUAGUAAUUGCCUUAUCCCCAGAAUGCAUCAAGUCAAGUUCAUUCAAGAAAGACAUGAUGGUCCUGAAUCGCUCACCAGAAACAACUGUUCUUCAGUGAUUAUAGAAAAAAACUCAAAUAAACUUGUAGAAAGACAAGUCCAGCUCAACUUCAUAUUGUCUCUCUAGUUAUAAGGUUUCCUGACACUGAUUGUUUUUUUCUUCUUGGUAAAAAUGAUAGGAACCUUUCACAAAUGUCCCAAGUUCAUUGUUACUGUUCAUCUGGUAAGUGAAAGCAUAUCAACUCACGAUACUUGAUUUUUUCUAUUUUCAGCUCAAGCGGUCCUUAAAUUGGGCAAAUAAAAUUAAUUUGAGCAAACUUCAUAAAAAAAAUUAAAGAAUGCUAAAGACCAAGUUUGGUGAUCCUCAAUCCAUUAAUUGAUAAAAUUUGCCUAUGACUGUCUAACGGAAUUGCUAUCUUUCUUUUUUUUAUUUACCGG